AUGACUUCCACUCUUGAGAUCAUCUCGUUCGCCGCGUCGCAGUCGUUCAUCGACAACCCUGAGGUACUCAAACCGGCACUCGACACUCUCCGUGCAGCAAAACCUGUUGGGUAUGCAUCUACGGAGGAAUUCAGUUCGAGGACAAAAAGACCGGAUACCUCGCCAUCGGCGUGUAUUAACGGUGAUCAGAUAUGCACACCAUCGUCUGACGAUGUGCACAAUCCAGUCUGGGACUCGGUUCCUGAUGCAGCUCAGAGAAAAGAAUUCGAAGAGAAGAGCAAUGGGAUCAUAAACGAGCCUGUCACCACCCUCCAUGUCCAAGUGGAUUCAACUCUCAUCGGCAAAGCUCUCGAAGCCCCAGCAACUGAAUUUGCUUUGGCCAAACUCAAGGGCGAGGACAAGCGACAGGCGUUCAACGAUGUCACUGCUGGUGUAAUCAAGAUCUUCAACGCGGGAACAGGGAACUAUGGACCUACCUUCGGACCGGUUACGCAAGGAACAACGAGCGAUAUAGUUAUCGUUGUGGGCUGGGAUAGUCCUCAGACUCACGCCGAUGCGGUCAAAGAGAUUCCCGAUGUAAUGAAGCUAUUCGAGCUCUCUGACCUCACUGUCGUCCACGUCGCAUUCAAAAAGCUUUGA